AUGCAGAGAUUAAAUACAUUUUUCCUUUCUUUGGCUACCUCAUUAAUAUUACUUAUUUUAAUAUUGUCGUCGGUAAAAGCAAUUUUACCACCUCUAAUAUAUAAUAAAGAUGAUAACACCAUAUGCAACAAUCUUAGUGGGCACUGCUAUCAUAAAGUAUUCCAACCAACAAACGAAUUUCAAAAUGUGUUGGAAGGGCAAGAAGUACCAGCUGGUCUUCAUAUACGUGUAGACAUUAACACUGGCAUGAAGCAAGCAAAAUUAUUAGAUGAUGCCGAUGGAACAACUUCUACAGAACAUACAAGUGUUAUUUUACUUGAUAAAAACGGAAAUCCCAUAAUAGAAGAAAAAGAAACAUCAACUACGACAACGAUUUUAGAAAUAAGCGAAGAAGCAGAAACCGAAACAGAAGAACAAAAAAAAGCAACUUUCCAUAAACAAUCCGAUGAAAAGAAUUCUUCAUUACCUUUACUGAUCAACACUCCAAAACCAAAUAAACACAUCCCUCAGUCAGAUUAUGAAUCUUUUGAUGAUAAUUUGAGAAUUUUAUCACAAUCUCAUGACGCGCCUAUUCAAGAGUUGAUUAACGCGUUGGACGGCUUAGAAGAUUUAGUACAUGAAUUGGAUUUUGUUAAAGUGAAAGCCGCAACAGUUCUUGGCACCGCAAUGCAGAAUAAUCCAUUUUCACAAAAAAUUGCAAUUAAUCUUAAACUAAUUCCAAGACUGUUGGAUAUUAUCUCAUACAAUUACAAUCACAAAUACUCAUCACGCCUUUUAUACGCAUUAUCAAGCAUUAUACGUGGUAACAAUGAAGGUGUUCAAUCAUUUUUAUAUGAUAAUCAAGGAUUAUUACGUCUAGCAACGUAUUAUGCAUCAAAUCAAGACGAAGAAAUACGUGCAAAAUGUGCGAUAUUUAUUACCGAUUUAUUUGAUCCAAAGAUGAUGACAACAUCAUCAGACUCCGAUAAAAAAAUAAAUUAUCAUAAUCAUUACCAGCAUCGACAGGGAAUCGAUGAAUGGUGUCGACAGUUUCAAAAUUCGUUAUUUGAUUUUGGCACUGGAAUUGAUAAAACUAUUGGAUUCGAUUCACGCGAGAAAAUUCUUGGUGGAUUAGCAAUGAUAAAGAGUCAAUAUCCAGACAAAUGUCCUGCACAACCUGGUCUCGUAAAGUGGCUAAACGGGCAAAAUAGCGAAUUGAGAUAUGAACAGGAAGAUUUUGAAGAAUAUUUACAAUUAAUUGAAACUGUUCAAAAAAUAUUCAGUUGA